CGCUCGGCCUAUCGGACGCGGGGGCGUUGGCUGGGCAGGGGGGCCCACGUGACGGACUCGGGGCGCCCGUGGCCGCCGAGCUGUCUGCGCUACCCGGAGCCGCAGCCGGACCUGGGUGCUGGGCUGGUCAUGGCCUCGGCCGCCGUGGCAGCUGCACGACGGGGCAUAAAUCAAGCUGCCCCGCUUCUCCUUCGGCGCGGCUACCAGACCGAGCGGGGCGUCUACGGGUACCGGCCCAGGAAACCCGAAAGUCAGGGGCCCCAGGGCAGCCUGGCGCGCCACCCAGUUGAUCAUGGCCUUGCCCGAUUGGUGACAGUUUACUGUGAGCAUGGUCACAAAGCUGCCAAAAUCAACCCUCUCUUCCCUGGACAAGCCCUGCUGGACAGUGUGCCUGAAAUCCAAGCCCUCGUGCAGACCCUCCGGGGACCCUUCAGUACGACUGGAUUAUUGAACAUGGGGAAGGAAGAGGCCUCUCUUGAAGAAAUACUAGCCUAUCUCAAUCAAAUCUAUUGUGGGCAGAUUUCAAUUGAAACCUCUCAACUUCAGAACCAGGAAGAGAAAAACUGGUUUGCCAAGAGAUUUGAAGAGCUGAAAAAGGAACCAUUCACUACGGAAGAGCGGAAACAUCUGUCCAGGCUAAUGCUAGAAUCUCAGGAGUUUGACCACUUCUUGGCCACCAAGUUUGCCACCGUAAAGCGGUAUGGAGGCGAAGGGGCAGAAAGCAUGAUGGGGUUUUUCCAUGAGCUGCUGAAGACAGCUGCCUACAGUGGGAUAACAGAUGUCAUUAUUGGGAUGCCUCACAGAGGGAGGCUUAAUUUAUUGACCGGCCUUCUGCAGUUUCCUCCAGAGCUGAUGUUCCGUAAAAUGCAAGGUUUAAGUGAGUUUCCGGAAAACCUCUCGGCCGUUGGCGAUGUCCUGUCUCACCUGACUUCCUCUGUGGACCUGGACUUUGGUGCACAUAGUCCCCUCCACGUCACAAUGUUGCCCAACCCCUCGCACCUCGAAGCUGUGAAUCCUGUGGCUGUUGGGAAGACGCGUGGUAGGCAGCAGUCGCGACAAGAUGGUGACUACUCUCCGGACAGUUCAGCUCGGCCUGGGGACAAAGUCAUUUGCCUGCAGGUUCAUGGUGAUGCUUCUUUCUGUGGUCAAGGGAUUGUUCCUGAAACAUUGACACUCUCUAAUCUCCCACAUUUCAGAAUUGGCGGGAGCAUCCACUUGAUUGUCAAUAAUCAGCUGGGUUACACUACUCCGGCAGAAAGAGGGAGGUCCUCCCUGUACUCCAGUGACAUUGGGAAGCUUGUGGGCUGUGCCAUCAUCCAUGUCAAUGGAGACAGCCCAGAGGAAGUGGUACGUGCCACACGGCUGGCUUUUGAAUACCAGCGCCAGUUCCGCAAGGAUGUGAUUCUUGAUUUGCUGUGCUAUAGACAGUGGGGCCAUAACGAGUUGGACGAGCCUUUCUUUACCAACCCAGUCAUGUACAAAAUCAUCAGAGCCCGAAAGAGCAUCCCCGACACAUAUGCAGAGCACCUGAUCACCAGUGGACUCAUGACCCAGGAGGAGGUGUCUGAAAUAAAAGCCUCUUACUAUGCCAAGCUGAAUGACCACUUAACUAAUACGACCCACUACAGCCCCCCAGCCACCAACCUGCAGGCCCACUGGCAAGGCCUGGUGCAGCCUGAAGCUCGCAUCACCACCUGGAACACAGGUGUGCCUUUGGACCUCCUGCGGUUUAUCGGCAUGAAGUCUGUGGAGGUCCUGAAGGAACUGCAGGUGCACAGCCACCUGCUAAAGACGUAUGUCCAGUCCAGAAUGGAGAAGGUGCAGAGUGGAACAAAUUUAGACUGGGCCACAGCGGAGGCUCUGGCCUUGGGCUCCUUGCUUGCUCAAGGAUUUAAUGUACGUCUGAGUGGUCAAGACGUCGGCCGAGGAACGUUUAGUCAAAGGCAUGUGAUGGUGGUUUGCCAGCAGACCGACGACACCUACAUCCCGCUGAACCAUAUGGACCCUCACCAGAAGGGGUUUCUCGAGGUCAGCAACAGUCCCCUAUCUGAAGAGGCUGUCCUGGGAUUUGAAUAUGGGAUGAGCAUCGAAAGCCCAAAGUUACUACCCAUCUGGGAAGCCCAGUUUGGCGAUUUCUUCAAUGGAGCCCAGAUCAUCUUUGACACCUUCAUUUCAGGAGGAGAGGCCAAGUGGCUCCUACAAAGUGGCAUUGUUAUUCUGCUCCCGCAUGGUUACGAUGGGGCUGGCCCUGACCACUCAUCCUGUCGACUAGAGCGUUUCCUGCAGAUGUGUGACAGUGUGGAAGAGGGUGUGGAUGGAGACACCGUGAACAUGUUUGUGGUCCACCCAACUACUCCAGCACAGUAUUUCCACCUGCUCAGGAGACAGAUGGUUCGGAACUUCAGAAAACCCCUCAUCGUUGCCUCACCCAAGAUGUUACUCAGAUUUCCUGCAGCCGUGUCAACUCUUCAAGAAAUGGCACCAGGAACAACGUUCAAGCCGGUCAUUGGAGAUUCCUCUGUGGACCCAAAAAACGUCAAGACACUUGUGUUCUGCUGUGGCAAACACUUCUACGCACUGCAGAAGCACAGAGAAGCUCUGGGGGCCCAGAAGCACAACUUUGCCAUCAUCCGUAUAGAGGAGCUCUGCCCCUUUCCCUUGGACGCUCUGCAACAAGAAAUGAGCAAGUACAAGCAAGUUAAAGCCUUUAUUUGGAGUCAGGAGGAACCUCAGAACAUGGGCCCAUGGUGUUUUGUUUCUCCAAGAUUUGAGAAGCAACUGGCUUGCAAGCUCCGUCUUGUGAGCCGACCCCCUCUGCCAGCACCUGCUGUGGGUAUUGGCACGGUUCACCUACAGCAGCAUGAACAUGUCCUCAGGGAGACCUUUGCUUGAUGACAUCCUUGGAAGAAACACUGCUUCUGUUGAAGAAGACUAGUAUAAGAAAGGCCUACCUCCUCUACCCUUCCCAUGUCUUCUAGGAGACAUGACACAGAUUCCCCCAAAAUGCUGGGUUUUUGCACAGACAGG